AUGGAUGUUAACCUAAAAGAUAGGGCCUUCUGGUACAGUCUUCAUGGCCAAGUCCCAGGGAUGCUGGAUUGGGACAUGGGAAAUGAAUGUUUCCUGCCUUGUACUACAGAUCAGUGCACUUUCACUGAGCAGUGUCUUGCCAAAUACAAAAUCCAACUGAUAAAACCACCAACACUGCCUCAGGAAAGGAAACCCAAUUCUGACGAGGAUGGUCCUCCCACUGACUCCAGCCUGUGGAUGUGGGUAAAUCCCAACAUUGUGUGUCCCAUCACCAGCAAUGAGACUCCAAAUCCCUGUCAUAAUGUUCCACCAAGUGCACCAUUACCAAACACUAAGGAAGCUGCAUGCUUAGGGACUCAGAAAGUGGCGGAGUCCCUGUCUGUUCUCCGUACUGAGCGUAUUAACCCACAAGAGCUGUCCAUUUUCUCCACUGACCCUGAUACCGUAGAAGAGGAGGCUGGGCAACUUGAGUGUCCACCCUCUAGGAAACACUCUAAGAAGCACACACAGGGUCAUGGCUCCCACCAGGACAGGGUGUCCUGGCCACGCCCUCCUCUCAAUUACAGCCAUCUGGUUGCUUUAGCAUUAAAAAACAGCCCUUCCUGUGGCCUCAAUGUGCAACAGAUCUACAAUUUUACUCGACAACAUUUCCCCUACUUCCGGACAGCACCAGAAGGCUGGAAAAACACCAUCCGCCACAACCUCUGCUCGUUGACCUGUUUUGAAAAGGUGCCGGUCCCCCUUGAAGAGGAGCUGGAUGGAAAACCUCGCUCUUUCUUCUGGAAGCUCACUGAAGAGGGAAACCGCUUCUUUCAGGAGGACACCCGUGUUUUGGCUUAUACUCGAAAGGAGAACAUCAAACAAUGCAUGCGCCAACCAGAGCUGAUAGACCUCCUCUUUCAUCUUUAAUAGUUUUCUUUUAUGUGUGUGUGAGUGUGUAUAUAUGUGUGUGUGUUAUGUGUGUGUGUAUGCAUGCUUGAAUGUGUUGAAUGUGUGUGGACAUAUAUGUGUACGUGUGUGGAGGCUAAAGUUGACAUCAAGAAUUUCCUUCCAUUGCUCUUUCACCUUAUUCUUUCAAUCAAACCCCAGAGCUCAUAGAUACUGUUAGUGUCACUAGCCACCUGUCUCUGCAUCCCACUGCUGAGAUAGUAGCCAGGUCCUCAUACCCAUCCAAUUUGGUUCUGGGGAUCUGAACGCAGGUCUCUUGCUUGCAUGGCAAACAUUUUAACUUCAGAGCCAUCUCUCCAGCCUCCUCUUAUGCUUUGAAGUACAAUUGCUCACUUUCUGGAACACUGACCUGCUUACUGUGCUGAACUAACCUGUACU